CGCGAGCGUGCGCGCACUGCUGGCUGCUCUAGGGGCUCCGCUCGUCCUCGCGCCCGCCGCACCUCCGAGCUCAUUCCUCAGCAUGAAGGCGCUGAGCCCCGUGCGCGGCUGCUACGAGGCGGUGUGCUGCCUGUCGGAGCGCAGCCUGGCCAUCGCGCGCGGCCGCGGCAAGGGCCCCGCCGCCGAGGAGCCGCUGAGCCUGCUGGACGACAUGAACCACUGCUACUCGCGCCUGCGGGAGCUGGUGCCCGGGGUUCCGCGAGGCACGCAGCUUAGCCAGGUGGAAAUCCUGCAGCGCGUCAUCGACUACAUUCUCGACCUGCAGGUGGUCCUGGCGGAGCCGGCCCCGGGACCCCCGGACUGCCCGCAUCUCCCCAUUCAGACAGCCGAGCUCGCUCCGGAACUUGUGAUUUCUAACGACAAGAGGAGUUUUUGCCACUGACCUGGCGGUCCUGGCGCUUCCAGAACGCAGGUGCUGGCGCCCGUUCCGCUGGGACCCCGGGACUCUACGGCCGGAAGCCCGAGGGCAUGGAUGGGCCCCAGCCUCGCCCUGCCCACUUGACUUCCCCAAACCCCUGCCUCAAGGCUGGACCUGGCGCCCGGGAGCCAAGGACUGUGAACUUGGGUGGCCGGAAGAACCCGAGCUAGCGCUGGGCACCAGCUGAGCAACGCCACCCAGUCCCCUUCCACUCCCACCCCCACCCCCCCAAUUUUAAAGACUGUCUUUUUGAGAGUGUGGAGGUGUGGGGAGGUGUUGCUGUUCUCCAAACUCUGCCAAGGCAGCGGGAGAGCUGGUCUUCUGGUCACCUUGGAGAGAGGCUCAGUUGCCCUGAUUAUGAACUCUAUAAUAGAGUAUAUAAGCUUUUGUACCUUUUUUGCAGGAAGGUGACUUUCUGUAACCAUGCGAUGUAUAUUAAACUUUUUAUAAAAGUUAACAUUUUGCAUAAUAAAACAGUUUUUAAACAGUUGUGUUAUGUAUUUUGAUUUCUUAAGUGUUAACACUUUCUUGCAAGGAUUGACUGAUGUUCUUCUUGAAGCUUGGGAAAAACAAAUGUGCUUAUUCCUCUCGAAGGGAGAUGGAAAAAUGCACAGCUACCACGGGGGUGGAGGGGGGAGUGGAAAGGGCUCCUGAUGGGAUCCCUGCACUGAGGGAGGGUUGGAUGCAGAGAAGAUCCUGGCCCUGGCAUCUCAAGGGGACUGACUGGCACAUGCUCACCCAGCAAGUUGGGGGUUUUGCAUAGAAAUCUGUGUCUGGAGUCCCAGUUCACUCGGUGACAGCUCACGGGCAGAUGGCUAUCCUGUUAAUUGUUAACUUUUUGUGAGAUCUUUAACAGGGGAGGUGGAAAGAGUGGAGCCUCACUUGGUGCCCAGACAGAGGUGGUGAUAGACCCAUUUCAAAGAUGGACACCACUGGCCUGGUUUCAUUUUCCUUCUCAUGCUCUCUAGUUUGACUUCUUGGGCUUCCACAGUUGGGGAAAAAAAAAUAGGAAAGGGGUCUCUCCCUCCAAAUCCCCAGCAACUCUGCUCAGAAGCAUUUUGGUGUUUGUUGGGGGAAUGCCGAUGCCAAUCCCUCCUCUAUUGCGUGGGAGUCAGGACAUGCCUCUGGUUGGCUGAGGAGGAGGCCCCACAACCUUCAUUUCUGGUAUUUCCUUCACAGAACACCUUCAUUAGGAGCAGAAAUGGAGAAAUUGAGACUCAGUGGAUAAUGGGUCUGAACCAGGUUCCCAUCUGGCUCCUUCCCCCUCCAGGAGCAGAAAUGGGAUUUUAACCUUAACUACAGUGACUGAUUUUAGUGGCAGAAGUAGUGCCUGAGACUGGUCAUUCCUCUCAGGGCCAGACCUGAGAGGGGGACAGAGGAUAAAACUCCCAAAGCAGACCCCCCAGCUCCCACCUGGCAGCACCCCAGGUGGGCUCCACCACUUUCCUGGCCCCACUAGAUUCCUGUUUAUGAUAUGAUCUCAUCUGUGUGUUGGCCCCUGGCAUAAAUUGCUUCAAUAUUUCAUAACAAACAGGUCACAUCAUCAUCUUCACGCCUCAACCCUGGUGAGUUUUCAGGGGUGAACAGGGGCAUGUGGUGGGGAGGCAACUUCUUGUCUUUGUCACUAUCCUUCCAGUCAACCAGUGGUCCUUAACUUGUUUCCUGCUCUCCCCUGAUGGAAGGUAUGAACUCUCAUUAGAAAAUAAACACACACA